CGUGGGGAUUGGUCGUCCGCCUAUAAGUACCCACCGUGAGGCCUUGCAUGCUCGACCAAAGAGCCACUCGCCAUUGAGGCGAUCAGUGAUCGAGUUCCUCUUGUGUUGGUGUCCAGAGAAUCGUAGUGUAGCGUGACAGCUAGCGAGGUUUCGAUAUGGCUUCCAGGAUGGCACUCCUGUGCCUUCUUGGCUUGCUGGUAGCGUCACCUGCCAUUGCUGACUCCGGCAUCUACUACCAGCUUGCUCUUAUGUGGCCCGGAGCGUACUGCCAGCAGACCAACGCCGGGUGCUGCAAGCCGACGACCGGCGUGUCGCCGGCGAGGGACUUCUACGUCUCCGGCUUCACCGUCUACAACGCGACGACCGACGCUCCGGUGACCGGCUGCAACAACGCCGCUCCUUUCGACCCUAACAAGAUUACCGGCGUCCAGGGCCUGUACCAGUACUGGAGCAGCAUCAAGUGCCCCAGCAACAACGGCAGGAGCAACUGGAAGAACGCCUGGAAGAAGUCCGGCGCCUGCUCCGGCCUCGAGGAGAAGGACUACUUCGAGGCCGCCCUCUCCUUCCGCAGCCGGAUCAACCCGCUGGUCCGCCUCAAGGCCCAGCACAUCGAGCCGGACUUCGGGCUGUACGGCGUGAAGACGAUCAAGAAUGUGUUCAAGGCGGGCAUCAACGCGGCGCCGGUGGUCCAGUGCAGCAAGGGCCCCUUCGGCAAGUUCCAGCUGUUCCAGCUCUACUUCUGCGCGUCGGCGAGCGGCAAGUUCAUCGACUGCCCGGCGCCGGAGCAGUACACCUGCUCCAAGGAGAUCCUCUUCCACCCCUUCCAGAAGUGGAUGCUCAAGCAGCAGCUCAACGAGUCCACCGCCGCCAACCCCUUCGUGCUCCCCGGCGUCGCCGUGGAAAUGUAACUGAUCGAUCUGCGGCGGCGGCGCUGCGCGCUUACCGUUUGGUUCGUGAUGAUGAGUUUGCGCGUUGCGGUGACGCGCGCAUGGAAAUUAAAUAAUGUUCCCCUGCUUUGUUGGAUGCUUGCUAGCUCCUCGCGGAGCAAUGAUGUACUUGUGUAGUAAUGCUCGACGAAUAAACUAGUGCGGCUACCUUUGUGGCUUCAGCUU